CAUGAAUUGACGUGAGUAGGUUACUCACUUUACGACACAUUCUCUGUCUCUUUCGCCCUCUCGAUGCCGACGCCGAAAUACUGCAUUGCACACUUCCGCAGUACGCACACAGAACUGCUGGUCGGCGCGCCCCCAUCACCAAGCUACAGGCCUUCCCCUGGGUGUUGGGGCAGGUUGUCUCCUCCGAGCACGUCUCGUAGGGAACUCCCGUACAGUCAAGCUACCAUAUAUUUCUGUUGGGCAUGUGCUGUUGCUUCUAGAACGGCGGGGACUCUUUUUUUAUAAUCCUUCUGUGCCUCGUUUCAUACCAAUUGUCUCGUUCCUUGUGACGAGGAACAUUGAGUCAAGGCUGCUCCGGGCGUCAGCUUGCGCAGUGCGUCUCGAAAAGCCUGGGCGGCAUUCCGACAAGCAUGGCCGCAACCUCGUCAACAUCGGUAAACCUUCUCAUCCGCGAAGCUGUUACGAUCGACGGCGCGGUCGAUGUUGACCUCCCGAUUAAUCCAUUCCCGGCGAACUGCACCUUUGCAUUCGAUACUUUGAAAAACACUGCCUUCUUCAAGCUACGAGUGUCUCUCCCUGUCCCGGGCAACAAGAACGGUUCUGUCUACCUACACAUUCCCCCCGAGCAUAUCAGCUCCAUUAGCCACUCAACACACACAGCAACAGGGUCGUCACUGCCCCGAUGGCGCUUGCAGUUCUUACUGCAUCGCCCAGUUCUGUUGAUAGGUCCUCGCGGCUGGGUGCUUCCGACUUCAGAAAAGAAACGAUUAUGCUCAUCGCUCCGCGCGAUGGCGACGCAGACCAGACUAGCCGUUUAUCUGCCCACGCAUGCUAUCUCCCAGGGUGAAGCCGACAUACUUUGUGGGGCAUCUGUCUGCGCCUCGUGAACCUCGUGUCCAAAGCUCGCCAAGCUUAACAGCCUGUACGCCGGGCAGGGAGGACAGGUCAUCAGUGUCCCACGGAUGCCUGAGCAAAGUCCCCCCCCUUACAACGGCGAGGCCAAACGUCGAGAUGAUGAUGGCUCUGACAGACCACCACCAAAGCGUCAGCGGGUUGACCCAGGACGAAUACCCUGCGAGGAUGCUGGUGACGACGCUGGCGAUGCUGUGCGCAAGCUUUGCCACGAACUUAUGGCACAGCACCAGUUGGCAUUGCGCUCUGAAUUCCUGGCGGGGCAGACAGCUCUGCGGACCGAGAUAUUAGGGGAGUUGAAACAGAUGGAAGAAAGGGUUCUUCAUGCUACCCGGCAUUUCGUGAGCGAACAAAUCAACGGAUUGAAGACCGAGGUUGCAGAUGAUAUCCAGGGAGAUGUCGCUGUUGAGGUCACCGUUUCUGUCUUGGACCAAGUGCGAGAUGAAUACGAGCUGUAUAUUGAUGAUCGUGUUGAUGGAAUCAAACUAGAGAUGGAAGCUUCUGUGAAAGAUGAGAUGGAGAGUGCACAAGACGAUAUCAUAAACCGUUUUCAAGAAGGAACAUGGCAAUUUCGCUCAUCCUAAUGAACAAGACAGCACUGAACGCUACUGCUUCCUCAAAUUAUACACCACAGUCUGGAAC